GCAGGCACCGGGCCCCCGGGCGGGGCGACAUGCAUCGGGCCCCCGGGCGGAGCAGCAGGCACCGGGCCCCCGGGCGGAGCAGCAGGCACCGGGCCCCCGGGCGGGGCGACCGGGCCCCCGGGCGGAGCAGCAGGCAUCGGGCCCCCGGGCGGGGCGACAGGCAUCGGGCCCCCGGGCGGGGCGACAGGCAUCGGGCCCCCGGGCGGGGCGCAGGCAUCGGGCCCCCGGGCGGGGCACAGGCAUCGGGCCCCCGGGCGGGGCAGCAGGCACCGGGCCCCCCGGGCGGGGCAGCAGGCACCGGGCCCCCGGGCGGAGCAGCAGGCACCGGGCCCCGGGCGGAGCAGCAGGGCACCGGGCCCCCCGGGCGGGGCGACCGGCGUCGGGCCCCCCAGGCGGGGCGGCGGGCGUCGGGCCCCCAAGAGGGGCGCCGGGCCCCCAGGCGGGGCGGCGGGCAGCGGGCCCCAGGAGGGGCGACGGGCAUCGGGCCCCCAGGCGGGGCGACAGGCAUCGUGCCCCCAGGCGGGGCGACAGGCAUCGUGCCCCCAUGCGGGGCGACAGGCAUCGUGCCCCCAGGCGGAGCGGGGGCGCCGGACCCCCAGGGCUGAGCGACAGGUCUCGGGCCCUCAGGCGGAGCGGCGGGCGCCGGACCCCCAGAUGGAGCGACAGGUCUCGGGCCCUCAGGCGGAGCGGCGGGCGCCGGACCCCAGGGGAGCGACAGACAUGGAUCGUCUGGCUGGACAGCGGGCAUCGGGUCACCAGGCAUCAGGUCAUUUGGCUCGACAGCGGGCACGCGUCAUCUGGCAAGGCAGUGGGCUCCGAGUCAACUGGUAUAUGACCGCGGGGCACUGGGUCAGACAUUGGAUCGUUCUGGCUGGACAGCGGGCACUGGGUCACCAGGCAUCAGGUCAUUUGGCUCGACAGCGGGCACCGCGUCAUCUGGCAAGGCAGUGGGCUCGAGUCAACAGGCACGGGGACAGUGAGCACCGGGUCAUCAGGUACUGGAUUGUCUGGGUCGACAGCGGGCAUCGGUCACCUGGCCUAAUAGGAUCGUCAGGCUGGAUCAGUUCAUCAUGCUGGGUAGAGGCAUCAGGCUGAA